CGUGACGUCAUUCGUCGGCGCCUGGGAUUCGAGUACGGGAGCGGGAGCGACGCAGCUAUGGACCUCGGGAGCCUGGCGCUGGAAGUGGGGCGUUGGGCGUCCCAAGAGAUGGGAUACCCGGUUGCCCUGUUGCCCCCCGAGCCUGCUUUGCGCAGGAUGUGUAUAGGCCCCAUGGCUGAUAUCUGGACCUUUCUGACCCAGAGGAUCCAUAGCCAGAGGACUGUAAAGAAGAUUCGUGGGAACCUCUUGUGGUACAGCCACCAGGAAAGCCCAGAGGCUGUCAGGAGGCGAGAGCUGGAGACGGCUCUGGGGAGGGUUCAGGCCGAGAUUAAAGAAAUUGACCUGAGCCUGGAGCUGACUGAACGAGAGGCUGUAGCUCAGGACAUGGCCCAGGAGCUCAUGCUGAAGCAGAUCCGGGAUGCUCAGGGCAAGGCUCUGCUCCUCCGGGCACGAGCAGCAGCUGCUCGACGGCAGCACCGAGGCCUCAGGGACCAGACCCAGCGGCUCCGAGGCCAGCUCAGCCAUCUGCAGGAGAUAGAAAGGAAGGCCAAAGCAGAUGUAGCCUUUGGGCCUCCAACACCCAUGCCUUUGGGCCUGGAGCCAGAUGUCCUGCAAGAGGUCACGAGGGUCUGUACCCUGUGCUCCCACUUCCUGCAGGCCCUGCUGAGCUCUCAUUCUGACCCAAGGACUUUGACCACCCAGGAAGACUUGUUUGCCACAACCCACAGGCAAUGGUUCAGUGAAACUGAGGCCCUGAUGACUUCCUAUCCUCCUGCCCACAUCCUGGGGGCUCUGGAGCACCUGGCUUCAAGGCAGACGGCUGAACUGCAGAUGCUCACCGAUCAGUGGGAUGAGGAGGCACAUAGGUUACAAUUGGAAGGUGUGUCAGAGUCCCCAGGCCUGCCCUCCCUGACCCACCUCAUCCAGGAGGGUUGGCAGGCUGUAGGGGCCUUGACUUCAAAGAGAGGCCCUCUCCUGCAGCAAGGUCAAGCCCUGGCUAAAAGAUUCCAAUGCCUAAUGAAGGAAGUAGAGCAGAGAGUGGCAGGGCCCCAGGAGGUUUGCCAAGCCUUGUCCUUGGGGCUCCAGGUGGCUGCACUCCGGGCCACCCGUAACUCUCUGAGAGCUCAGGGCCAGAGCCUGAAGGAGGGGACCGAGCGGAGGCAGCAAGAGCUUUGGGAACUCCAGGCCAAACGGCAGCGAAUCCUGAGCUGGCGACAACAAGUGGAGGAGACACAGGAGCGGAUCCGGGUUCUGAUCAAAGGGAAUUCUGUCAGCAAGAGUCACCUUCAGAAAAGCCCAGGAGAGAUACAGACCUUAGUCCAAAGGAAGGUAGUUCCAGCUACAGGAGCAGUGGGGCUACAGGCCCAGAAUCUACUAGAAAAACUAGAUGACGAGUCCCAAUGGCUCCUGGCACUGGAGCUCAAUCCCCUGCUUCGGCGCCAUCCUGGAGGGCCACAGCCUCUUCCAGCCAUCCUCCCAUCUGUCCACGCUCUGCAUCCAGCAUGUCCUGGAUCCCAGAACCUCAUCCAUCUGAGCCAGGACCUGGGACUGCCCUCAAGCAAAGCCCCAGAAUUCCUUCUCCACCAGGCAGCCUCCCUUCGUCAGGAAUGGCUGUUUCUCCAGGACCAGCUGAGUCACAGACGUGGGAUACUGAUGCGGCUACAGGGGGAUCUGCCCCUGGGACCAUCAACCCAAGAAUUGCUUCAGAUCCAGAAGUCUGAGGAGAAGAAACAACGAGAGCACCUGGGCCCGAUCCUGCACCGCUUGGAGGAGCUGAUGGAUCAGGGACUGAAUCGCAUCCCCCAGCUUUUGCAGGCUGUGGGGGACUGGUGGGACCAGCCAGGCCAGAAUGCACUCCCUGAAGAGCUUCAGGACCAGGAGGGCCUCUCCCUACAGCAAUGGAAGCUUCGCUGGGCCCGGGCCCAGGGGAGAAGAGCCUGAAUGUUGGGGCUUGGACAUGGAAGCACCUAGCCAGACGUAAAUGUGGACAUGAAUAGAAUUGGAUAAAUCCUCUCAGUGAUAAAAUGGCAAACUCCUCUCAGUAAAGUGCCUGAAGAUUUGGGGA